AUGCUCGCCCGCGCCCUCCGCGCCGCGGGCAGCACAAGCCCAUCCCGCAGCAGCAGCUCGAGCAUAUCCUCCCAGCUCCGAACAGCCUGCUCCUCCUCCUCGUCUUCAGCACCAGAAACGGUCCCCUCCUCACCGAUCCGCAUCUUCCGCAACGUCUCCGCCCUGCGCACCUGGCGCCGUCCGCACCUCCUCAACUACCGCUCCGUCGGCCUCGUGCCCACCAUGGGCGCCCUGCACGACGGCCACCUCUCCCUCAUCCGCGCCGCCGCCCGCGAGAACCACCACGUCGUCGUCUCCAUCUACGUCAACCCCGCCCAGUUCGGCGUCGCAGAGGACCUCGCCUCCUACCCGCAGACCUGGGCCCGCGACACCGCCGUCCUGCGCGACCUCGACCGCGAGCUCGCCGGCGACGGCGCCAACCUCGGCCGCGUCAGCGCCGUCUUCGCCCCCACCACCGCCGACAUGUACCCCGCCGGCUUCCCGGGCCAGGAGCCGUCCAGCAAGGGCAGCUUCGUGACCAUCACGCCCGUCGGCGAUGUCCUCGAGGGCGCCUCGCGGCCGACCUUCUUCCGCGGCGUGGCCACCGUCUGCAUGAAGCUGUUCAACAUCGUGCAGCCCGAGCGCGUGUACUUCGGCCAGAAGGACGUGCAGCAGACGGUCGUGAUCCGGCGCAUGGUCGAGGACUUCAUGCUGCCGACGGAGGUCGUCGUCGGCGAGACGAUGCGCGAGCCCGACGGGCUGGCGCUGUCCUCGCGCAACGUGUACCUCGGCGCGCGGCGGCGCGCGGUCGCCACGGUGCUGUCCCGCGCGCUGCGGGCCGCCGAGGAGGCGUACACGCAGAGCGGCGCGCUGGAGCGGGACGCGAUUCUCGGCGCGGCGAACCAGGUCGCCGCGGGCGUGCUCUCGGAGCAGGCGAAGCUGGCGCCGGCGGAGCGGGUCAUGUUCGAGGUGGACUACAUUUCGCUGGCGGACCCGGACUCGAUGCAGGAGAUCAACACGGUGGUGCCCACGAAGGGGGCCAUCCUCAGCGGCGCGGUCAAGAUGUUGCCUGUGGAGGAGCCGCAGCCCGGCGAGGAUCUCGGGCACAGCGGCGGACCGUCGGUGCGACUUAUUGACAACAUUAUUCUGAAGCCAAAUACCCAGUAG